AUUUGUUAAUAUUUUUCUAUAGGGUUGUCAGAUGAGAUGCUUGAUCUCCUUCUCUUUGCUUUGGAAGAUCUAAAGAAGCUGCUAAAGGAUCAGGGAUCAGACCUCUUUAUUGGCUUUGGAAGUUCUGAAGAUGUUAUAAUGAAAAUUGUCAAUGAGGUUAAAGCUGCCCAAGUUUUCACAGAGGAGGAUGUAGACUACAAUACUCGUAGGGUGAUCAGUAUUGUUGAAUCUCGCUUAUCAACUACAUUGUUUCCAUGGGGAAGUUCAAAGAUCAGGCUAUGGAGGGCUCCGUUUUAUGAUUUCAAGGACAUGAAGGGGAUGCCUGCAUCAUACAAUACCUUUCUAAAGUUGAAAUUGCCAGUGUCGAAUCCAACUGCUGCCCCUACCUUACCCAUAUUAAACAUCGGAUUGGAAAGAGGUGAUCUACCAACAAUUGAUGAUGUAAAAAGUUAUCUGAAUAAUGAAAGUUGGACUUUCAUGAAGAAAAUAUCAGCUCAAGAUAUUUUACAAAAGAAGCACCACAAAGAAGUUGUAAAGAAAGAAGAUCUCAUUGGAGGCCCUAAUAAUGUUUUGGAAAUCAGUUCAAACGUGACCGUGGUGCAUAAAAUGAAAAAAUCCAAUUCGUUAUUUGCAUCUCAUAAUGGUUCUCAAGUGAAAGGUGGAACAGAUGCUGUUUUGAACGCUUUAGCUGGUUAUCUGAGAUAUCUGGAGGGAACAGGAAGGGAUGAUUGGCAAGAGGUUCAUGAUAAAAUGGGUAUGGCUGAAAGCAGGAAUGGAGCUUCAUUUGGUGCCAUUUUUGGAGCUUCCCUUUAUUUUGGAACCAUAUCUAGGAGGAGAAUUCAUUAUGUAGCUAUUAAAUAUGAGAAGGAACGUAAUGCAGGAUUCUUGUCUCCUUUUGGAUACUCAUCACCUACUGUUGCAACGGCAAUUGAGACUGUUUGUUCCAUGGAGUGGUAUCGGCUUUUGGCAUAUAAAAGUCUCUAUCAAAAUGAAGGCACAUGCUCUAUACGGAUAUGGAGAUGGAGAGGUUUUCUGAUUCAGUAUACAGUAGCUGGUCAGAAGGGGCCCCCAGUACUUUUUUCCCAUGGUUUUGGAGCUUUUCUAGAGCAUUUCCGUGAAAAUAUCUCUGCUAUGGCCGAGAGUGGACAUCGAGUUUGGGGAAUUACACUUUUAGGUUUUGGGAGGUCUGAGAAGCCAAAUAUUUUGUAUAACGAACCCAUCUGGGCAGAAUUACUGAGAGACUUUAUUGUUGAUGUUGUCAGAGAACCAGUUCAUCUUGUUGGAAACUCUAUUGGGGGCUAUUUUAUAGCUGCUGCAGGUGCUUUUUGGCCUUCCUUGGCCAAGUCUUUGGUCCUGAUUAAUACCGCUGGUUCAAUUGGUCCUAACUAUUUAUAUAUACAAUUAGCGGAGCGGAGAGCCUCAUCUGGAUUUGCAUGGAUGGGUAGUCGUCUUCUUCUACUCUAUUUGAGGUUAAGGGCUACAGAUAUUCUCAAGAAGUGCUAUCCAACUAAUCCUGAACGUGCUGAUGAUUGGCUUGUCGACGAAAUACUAAGAGCUGUAUCCUUACUCAUACAAAAAACAGUGUGAUGCGUCUUGGAAGAAAAUGCAGCAAGAUAGAGAAGAAAUGCAGGAACACAAAUAUAGGUGCUGAUUUUUUGUUACACCUUCAACUAAUAAUGAAAGAUAUAAUUAAUCAUUAUUCGAGAGGUAGAUCAGCUCUCCCACAAACUCUUGCCACCGCUAGGAAACUCACACCAACAAGAAAAUAAACUUGGCAUACAAAACAUGAAAACCCUAGACAAAACUCCUCAUGAAAUAGCCCUAACACACAAUUAAAACUUCCAAAAAUAGUAAAACCUUCUACAAUUAAAACCUUCUUAAAAUAUUAAAUCCUUCCACAAUUGAAACCUUCCACAAUAAAAACCUUCAUAAAAUAUUAAAACCAUCCAAAAUUAAAACCUUCCACUAUAAAAAUCUUCUUAAACAGCAUCCCCUUGAUUCCUUACAUAAUGAAUAAUAGCUCCCUAUGCCUAGCUGUGAGCCCCCUAGCAUAUCAAUACUCCCCCUUCCCCCCAAGCGCAACUUGUCCUGAAGGGGGAAGGAUGGGAACUCUCCUGAUCUUCUUUUUCAACAACAAAAUCUUCUUCAUGUCGAGAGCCACUUAGCUCAUGAUCAAGUUCUAUAUCAUUCAUUAUUUGCUCGUACUUCACUCAAGAGAAUAUGUCAUCUUUCAAUAGUUUAAAAUCCUUGUAUAGCCUUCACUUUUUAUUAGAUCGAUUUUAUGCUUCUAUUUGACUUCCAUGCUUUGACUCUUCUUGUUUCAUCAUUCAUCUUUGUAUAAGAAAAAACUUCUCAUUGCUCGAGAUGUCCUUCAGCAUCAACCACUGCUUUCUGAAGCACCUUAACCUUUGCACGCAACUUUUUUAGCUCCGAGAGAUACUCUACUUCUUGAGCCGUGAUGCUUGCCUUGCACUUGACUGAAAUUUUUAGACUAUUUUCUCUGAUUGUUUAGAAUGUGAAGAUUUUUUAAUGAAAAGGUGCGUUCCUCUAGAGACCAAUCUCAUUUUUCAAAGAAGCAAGAAGGGAGCAUAAGCAUUCAUUUCUACCUUCAGGCCCUUCCUUUCUUUUCGAAGCACUUCAACUUUUUCUUUUAAAUCUUCUCCUUGAACAUUUUUGCUAGGAAUUUCUUCAACUGGAAACUUCUUUUGCACAAAAUCACUUGUCCCAAAGCCCUUAAGUAUCUACAUCAACUCAAAGAACUUACCCUUAAAUAUCAAUUCCAUGAAUGAUGAAACAUGAAGGUCAUGUAGGAACUCUGCAGCUGUUUUUUUUUUUUUGUAUAUGCAGUCGUAAAUUGAUACCUAGAGUUCAGAUGCCAAGUAGGUUUCCCGGGUUCUAGGUGCUUCCACUCCAUGCAAUUCAUAAAAUUUCUCAUCUAAUAUUUGAUUGGGUUUUCAAAAGCACAAAAUCUCAUAAUCUUUGCAGAAAUUUUCUUCUUUAAUGAAGAAAACCAGUUCUUCUCUAAUCCAUUUCUAACCAACUUGGUCCUAUUGAUCACCUGCAUACAAUCAUCAAGAGCUAGAGGAAGUUCUUAGUUUUGGAUGCCUUGAAACUUGCUUGAACUUGACAGCUCCAUGUAUCUCUGCUCUAAAAGUUUCCCGCCCAUCUCUAUUUCUAUGUUGAUUUUUUAAUGGAAUUUUUUGCUUUUUGGAUUUUAUUUUCAAAAAGCACUAUGUGGGUUUAACACUCCUCCUUAAGAUGCAUGCUUUCAGCUUCAAGAGCUCUCAUGCUUUCAUUAAUCACUCUGUUCUCCUAGCCUAGAUCAUUUGUGAUCCUAUAAAAAUAGUUCACUUCAUUAAUUAACCAUUGCAUAUCAGAAGAUUUUUCUGUAAUGCAACUCCUCAAAAUUAAUGAGAGGAGCUCCUGAGCAAUAACUUCUUCAAGAAUAUCAUUAUUUUCCUCUUCACACACUUCAUUUUUCUCACUUAAAUCAUACAAUUUAUUUAACAACAAUUCAUUUUCCUUGAACAACUUUUAGAUUUCACUGAGAUAUAAGACAAGCUUUUUGUAAAUCUGAUAAUCUACCGCACAUUCUCUCCAAUCCUACAUUUAGAAUUUCCUCCAUCUGCUUGCCAUCAUUAAUAUCCUUCUGCAACUACUUAUUUAUCUCUAUUACUUUAAGAUUUUUUUCUUUGGAGGUUAAAAAUUUCUUGAUUUCUCAAAACAGAUUCUUGCUUAAACACUUUGUUUUGUACUCUAAGCUCCACCAAUAUCAAUGCAAGUUGGUCUCAAAGUGUGAAAGAAGUUGGUUUCUCAAGUUGAAAAUGGAGUUCACCCUUGGUAACUAAAACAAUAGCAUGCAGCUCUGCAAUUUUUUUUGCAAAAUAUUAUCAUAGCAAUCAUAUGAAAUCUCACAGAUAUUGGCAUCGUAUGGCUCACAAAUCUUCUUUGUGUCGUAUGCUUUCAUCAUCACAUGAAUCUCUUCCAAAAGUUUCACAUUCCGGUCCGACAGUGCAAUUAACUUCCUCUCUCCUGAGUGGCUCAUUCCUGUUUGAGAUCAAAAAAGAAAUUUUCUGCAUGCUUCAAUUUCUCCAUGUACUUUCUACAUUCUUGGGAGAGAAAUAAAUUCUUUUCAGUCAAUUCAAGCAAAAACCACUUCGAGAUGAAACUAUCAAUCUCAAUGUUUACUACUUUGUAAUGCUCCUCAAGCUCCUGUUUUGUUACUUGGAUUUGUUUUUUUAAGGUUUUAAUUUUAUUGUUCGAAAAAUCAAUUGAUUGUUGAUGAAAUUUAUAUCAUUUUCAUCUUCUAGUUUUCCUCGUCAGAAUGGACAAUGCAGUUCUUCCAUAUCAUGAUAUGCUAGAUCCUUCUUGUCUAUAAUCUCAUUGUUUCCUUCUAAGAUCACAAGCCGAUACUCCAAGAUUUGAAUAUGUAGAGAAACUCUUUCCACUUGAAUUUCAUCCGUUGAAUUUUUCGGCUUAAUCAAUUCGAUGUCAACUUUGUCCUUUGAUAACUCUAUAUUAGCUGAGUCUUAUGUUUUGGCCUCAACAUUUUCAUCUUCAGAGAUACCCAUAUCAAUAGAAACCAAAGGUUCUUUCACUUAUUUUUUUUUUUUUCAUUCUUAGAUUUUGACUUAGUUGUGUCUUUCCCAUCUUCAUUUUUGGAUUAUGAAAACAUAUGUUCUUAGGAUGUGGAUGUCUUGGUAGAAUCACUUUGCAAAAUACUUGGAUUUUGAUUAACACCGUCAGCUUGGCUUUGCAAGUUUAUUUCCUUGCCUUCUUCAUUCACAUCUUUCUCCUUGUCAUUCAGUUUAUCCUUUGAAGGAAUAUGUGUUUCACUUAUUGAACUCUCACUCUUCUUCUCCACAAUCAUUCGCAUCUUCAACUUUCUCACCCUAGGAUCUUCAUCUUUGACCACUGUAAUAGCUUCUUCCUUCAGUGUAGCGGUUGUCGUGGUCCCUUCAUGUUUCCCCGUGUAUAUAGGUUGGGAAUCCUAUCUUUCCCCCAUCCUCCUUGCAUGAUUCUAACCCCAUGGCUCAGCCCGACCCCCUCCAUUUCUUGUUGCCCACUCUCUUUUCUUGAAAUACCUCCCAUAGUGGUCAGCCUCACCACAAAAUUCCAUCCUUGUUGUCCUCCUAUCUGGAAACCCUGAUCCACCCCUUACCGAAGCCCUAGGAUGGCUCUUGAUGAUAGAAACUCUUCUUAUCGAACUCCUCCUGUCCGAUCUCCUUUCCCUUGAUUAGGCCAAGGGAAUUCUGGUCAAUUCUUGGUAAUGGUUAGCAAUCGGAACUGUCGGUGGUUUUGGAUUGCAUCUCCAUGAGCUUGCUCGUCAUCUCCUUCAACCCUCCAAAUUAGCUCUCCAUCUGAUUCUCUGUGGCUAAAAACCUUCUUUCGAUGAUUAGGAACUUCUCCUUCAUUUGAGAUUUGAUUUGCUCCACUUUGUCUUCCAACGGAUCCACCUUCUUUGCUUCCAUCUCUCCAAAAUCUGGCUUUGAUACCAAUUUAAUUUGUCUUGGAAGCAAAAAUAGUAAAAUAGUAAUGAAGAAUUGCAGGAACAAAAUUAUAGAGGCUGAUUUUUUGUUACUCCAACUUGUAACUAAUGAUACAAUUGAUCUAAUAUUUACGAGGUAGAUCGGCUCUCCCACAAAUCCUAUUCACCGUUAGUAAACUCACACCAACAAGGAAAAUAAACUCAGCAUACAUAACAUGAAAACCCUAGACAAAACUCCUUAAAUAGCCCUAAUACAUAAUUAAAACAUUCCUAAAAUAUUAAAACCUUCCUAAAUUAAAACGUUCCACAAUAAAAAUCUCUCUAAAUAGCUCCCCCUUGAUUUCUUACAUAAUGAAUAAUAGUUCCUCCGGCCUUGUUGUGGGCCCCCUGG